UUGUUUAUAUCUGAAUUAAAGGUUAUAUAUUUUUUAAAACAUUGUAUUUUUAUUAGGACAUAAUUAUUAAUUAGUUUGCAAUUGUGAUCUAAAAGUCAAGUAAUAAACAUUUAAAUAGGUUUCUUAAUUUUUACAAAAUGCCUACAUGGAACCAAAUUCAGUCUCAAUUGAGAAACCCAAAUAAUCCUGUCGUAUUUUUCGAUAUCACCGUAGGAACAACUGAAAUAGGACGAAUGAUUUUUGAAUUAUUUGCUGAUGUAGUGCCAAAAACUAGUGAAAAUUUUAGAGAAUUUUGCACCGGUGAAUAUCGGAGAGAUGGUGUACCACUAGGAUAUAAAGGUGCUACAUUUCACAGAGUAAUAAAAGACUUUAUGAUCCAAGGUGGAGACUUUGUUAAUGGUGAUGGCACUGGGGUAAUGAGUAUUUAUGGAGGAAGCACUUUUGCAGACGAAAAUUUUGCACUUAAACAUGAUUCACCAGGAUUAUUGUCAAUGGCUAACAGUGGCAAAGACACUAAUGGAUGCCAAUUCUUUAUCACAUGCGCUAAGUGUAACUUCUUAGACAAUAAACAUGUGGUGUUUGGAAGGGUAAUUGAUGGCUUACUGGUAAUGAGAAAAAUUGAAAAUGUACCUACAGGUCCGAAUAAUAAACCCAAAAUACCAGUAACUAUCUCUCAAUGUGGACAAAUGUGAAGUGUUGAUAAUGUUAAAGUAUAACUUACUUUGUAAGUUCAGUACAAACGUUUUAUUUCAUUUAAAGUUUUUGUUUUUGUAUUCUGUUUGUUAAUAACAGUUGUUAUUAAAGUUGUAUUUGAAGAAAAAAUGAAAAAAGUUAUAAUUACAGACAAUAAUGCAGUAUGAAA